AUGACUUCAGCAGGUUUCAACGGAAAACCUGAUCGGCAAAAGCUAAUACAUGGAAGCACCAAGGAUGAGGAUAAGAUCUUGUGGGAGGAAUGUAUGAAGUUCGCAGUAGAUGGUAUUCCCGGUGAUCUGAACGAGGAGGAAUUUCGAAAGGUGGUUGCUGCUUUCAAUCAAAAACAGAGAAGACAUCAACGGGAUGACACCUGGCCAACUAGAUCGGUAGGGAGUGUACCAAUUGUGCAAAGAAGAUACUAUAAACUAAGAGCAAUCGCAAAUGCACAUGGAGGGGACCCUUUCUGGGAAGACUAUAACGGUUACAAGCCAUCGCGCAUACCUAUCAUCCCAGGCACAGAAAGAGGAGUAUCAAUGGACAUUAAUGAAGGGGAUAACCAAUAUGAUAACAGCUUCGAGGAGAGUAUGGACCCGAGGAAUUUUCCCAUGAACCCUCCUGUGGACGCACCAUUCGCUAAGACUUAUUCCGAAGAACAGUAUCAACAAGGUGACAGGUAG